UCCUAUUUCCUUUAUCAUAGUUUGAUUAUUUAAUGAAGUUAAGUCAUUACUCAUUACUACUUCUAUUUCGGCAAUUAUGCGUUUUGCUGUCACCUUUCAAACCAAGUUAAGAUACUAGGAGAAGAGAAGAGAAGCCUGUAAUUAGAGGAGGCUGGAUAGUAAACUUAAUGUUGCUAUAACUUUAAGUUGAUUUUGGUGAUUUUAGAAUUUUUUUACCUCUGAUUUUUGCCAAUUGUUGUUUGUCAAGAAAUUGAGAUAGUCAUUUUGGUAGUUAAAUGUUUGAAAUCUCACUUCUGUGUAAGAAGCUAAGGGAUAUUGGUAAUCUUUCUAACAACUAUAGGCUGCCUUGACAGGGAAGUAUGGAGGUCUAGAAGGCUAGUAGGUAGUCCAGAGUGUCUCUUCCUAUACCAGCAGUAUCAGUGUUAGUCUCAUAUUCUAUUAUUGAUGGCUGCAGUUUUGGUUGCAAAUGUGGCAACUGCAUGACUUGCUCAAACAUGUGCGUCGUUUUUCAUUUAUUGUACAACUGUCAUGUAUAUCAUCCCAUUGGAUCAUCAACCCUAUAUAAACGUACUCGUGUUCAAGGCUUUGUUGCACCGAGUUUCUUGCUCUUCACAUCCUCUCUGCUAGCUUUGAAGAAACUCGAUACUACCGAGGAUGGCAAGUGAUUUUGCUCGAUACAUUGCCAAUUUGAGGCAGUCACUUUUCGACGAGAAACUCCUUGAUCGGCAAUUUCUUCAACUGGAGCGUUUGGAAUCCAACAAUGAGGGCUAUCUUGAGGAUGUUUGUGCUGACUAUUUCAAGGAUGCAGCUAAGUUUGUUGGCUUAAUAGUGCCAGAACUGCAAGCACCUCCCUACGAUGUGCAUUCUAUAGAGAGCCUCCUUCAUCGGUUCAAGGGAAUGGCGACUGCUAUGGGAGCUAUAAAAGUGACGCAUCAAAUCGAUUGCAUGAGGGAACACCUAAAGCGUGGAGAUUUUGAAGCGUGCAAGCUUGCGUUUGAGCGAAUUAAGCAGGAGAAUGAGUUUUUGCAAUUCAAACUGGAUAAUUACUUCAAGCUGAGGAAGCAAGCUCCACCUGCUGAGAUAGAGGACCAACCCGAGUAUGGGUAUAUGGAUACUGACAGCGAGUAGGAAGUGGCAUCCCGGUCAGCCAACGCCUUCAGAAGAUAAGUCAAUCAAGUAAAUGGAUAUGUGAGUAGAUGUAUGGAAAAAAAUGGGAAUAAGAGGAAGGAACUUCUAUUUGCUUUCUUUGUAUCCCUGAUUGUAGUGUUAAUAAACUUGAGUCACUGAUCUCAGGUCUACUUUUGGUCAUUAUGACUUCUAUAAUCUAUUAUCAUGUUGCUAAUGCAAGUGUCUGGGAUGGUCUCUUAUCA